AUGCGGCAGUGUGGCGAAGUCCUUCGCUGCGACAUUUUGGCGGAGCCGGGCACUGCGUUGGGUUCCAAGGGCUGCGGUAUCGUGGAGUACGCAUCCCCGGCAUCGGCACAGAGGGCCAUCCGAGACCUGUCCGAUUCGGAGCUCAAGGGCCGGCUGAUCUUCGUGCGAGAGGACCGUGAGGACGACGGCCCAUACCGAGGACGGCGGCCUAUGCAGGAUGCUGCAAUAGCGCCCAUGCGAGCACGGAGUCGGUCCUACGACGAGCGGAAGUGGCGACCGGUCCGUGGAGGGCACUCAGCUUUUGAGAGCGGCGCAGGGAGUGGCUGCCGAGUCUUUGUCGGGAACCUGGCCUACAGUGUGACCUGGCAGGAGCUCAAGGACCACAUGCGGGAUGCCGGCCAAGUGAUGUUCUGCCAAAUCCUCAAGGAGCCCGGCACUGCGCUGCGUUCGAAGGGCUGCGCGCUGGUGGAGUACAGCACUCCCAAAGAGGCACGGAAGGCUAUCAACAUGAUGACCGACAGCGAGCUCCGAGGAAGGAGGAUAUGGGUGCGCGAAGACCGUGAGGAGUGA